GAAGUUUUAAUGUACACAGAAAGUGAUGCAGUGAACCUUAUCGACCUGAAUGUCUUAGUAAUAGUUGUUUAGAGGAGCGGUAUGGAGCUCGUCCUUCUCUGUAUCGCUGGUCUCUUCACGGUGAAAGCCUCUGAAGUAAAAACGGAGUUCCAGAGUAUAGCUAAAACAAGAGAUGGUGCCAGGGAAUUUUGUCAAAGAACAUAUUAUCAAGGGUCUCUUGCCCCAAUGCAGGACAUUGUCAAUACCAGGCAAGAGUCUAUCCAGGUGUGGGACGGGAACACGUACCAACUCUCCCCUCUCAUAACGAUAAUAGGAUGUACAAACGACACUGGCGUUAAUCGACAUAAGAUACCUGAAAGGUUACAUUGGUCAGACGCAGCAGCACAAUGCCAGGCUCAGUGUAAUACAACUACGCUUGCUAUCAGGGGUCCAGAUUGUCAUUGUUUGGACGAAUCGCGCACACUGACAAAUGAUAGAGACUGCUUACCGAUGAUAAAAAGAUCGCCAACCCAGAACAGUAAAAACACAGACGCAAAGACUGUGUUUAAGAGAGUGAGUCUGGGAAUAAGCUACCCUCCAACUGGCAGGUGCCUUGCUGUGAACGGUUCCGGUGCCUGCAACUACGAGUUUAGGAUAUGUCAGGAUUCGCUACUUAUGGCGUGUAAAGAGGGAACUAGCGUUAACACUGUAUGGAAAGAGGCAGCAUAUAGUUGCACGAAUGCGGAUAGUUUUCCUCGUCAAGUACCUGAUACAUGUACGUUUGAUUCCUGGACUUGGUUUGGAGGUUUUCGCCGUCUGCAGUAUGUCCCAGGUUCAACUGACGGCAUCUUUUGUAAAAGAUUAUCUUAUGCCGGUGGAAACGACAACCCGUCUUAUAGGGAAGUCAGUUGUGACAUUUCAUUAAAGUUUUACUGCCGAUUUAUAGAGUCGGGAUAUAACGAGACAUGUGACGUCAACAUACAUUCUUCCUGUGAUACCAGAUUCAUCUGUUCUGACCGUGGUGGUUCUCCCAAGUGUCUGUGCCCUGAGGACAAGUACUUGGAUAAUACAUUCGGAAUUUGUCAGACAAUUAAGUCAUACGGUCAGGAGUGUGAUGUUAAUAUCACAGGCGUUUGUCUGGAAACAAUGGUGUGUCUACGUAUUGCCGAGACGUAUAUGUGUUGGUGUGACGAUCAGCAUUAUUUGAAUGGAGAGACACCGGUAUGUCUACCAGCUAUACCUUACGGCGGUGAGUGUACCGAAGAUGAGCAGUGCUUAAAAUCUCUGGGUAUGACGUGUACCUCUUCUGAUGACAAAAUGCAAUGUCUCUGUGUCACGGGCUCCUACUGGAAUAGGUCUAGUUCGUGUAUCAUACAACACGACUUCAACAAGACUUGUCCAUCCGAUAUCGGAAACAGCUGCAAAAAUAAUCUUAUUUGUAGACAGGAUGACGCGGUGUGUGGCUGCCCAGAAAACGAGUAUUGGGAUCAAGUUAAAUACGAUUGUUUAGAGAAGUACAGGUAUAAUGCCACCUGCUCGCCUGGACCUGACGACUUGUGUAUGGGUGACCUUAAAUGCCAAGCGGUCAAAGAGGGACACCGUUGUCUAUGUGAACUGGACGCUUUAUAUUUAGGAAGCACGUGUCAACAUGGGCAUUUUUCUGCCAAGAUCUUUAAUAUGUCUGUGACGUUUGAGGAAGCUAAUACAACCUGCUCCAACACAUCUGCCUACCUUGCAGACGAUAACAACUUUGAAAAAUUAUUCAAGGACUGUAACAACACGAUGUUGUUUCAAGCAGGGAGGAAACAGCCCGAAGUUCCUGGAGAUGGGUGUGAAACAGUAAGGAUGAUGGAUGGUGUUGUACAGCGUAAUGGACUUUCAGUCUGUUCUACCAUGCUACCUUUCGUCUGCAUUAGUAAAGAGUCUACGACUGCCGACAACCCAUGCCGAAUCGUCAACAACCAAAAUAUGCCUGGUGCUAAAGAACCAGAGGAGGACGAUGGCGGUAUCUCAUUUUGGUGGAUCAUACUAGCGGCUGUGCUUUUGGUCAUCCUCGUGGCCAUCGUCAUAUGUAUCGUAAGGAAACGAAGGACGCCCAACAAAAUACCAGAGGAAGGCAACGCUACAUUCAACAAUAAAACGUAUUACGAUUCUGUGAGAUCUCACCACGAACACCCCAGUCACGCGGGCAACAGUCAGGCACGGAAAGAUGGUGAGUAUGGAGUUCUUGGUCAGAAGCCGAGUCCGUCACCAGAUGACGAUAUGUACGCCCAUACUCGCCAACAUCAGCAGGAAGGCGAGUACGAUAUAUUUGCGAAGCCGGUCAAUGACGCAGCUGGGAUAUACGAUCAUACUCAUAACAUUAGACAAUUAGAGGGUGGUGAGUACGGGGAACUUGGAAGGCGUGCACAGGAGGUUGGAGAGGACGACAUGUACUCACAUACCAAACACUCUAAAACUGAAGGCGAGUACGACCAGCUUUAG